CGGUCGACCGGUGAAGGGAACGGAUCGGGUUGUCCGACUCGAGCAAAUCACGAGUAAAAUGCCGUCGAGUUGAUAUUUCAUUCGGUUUGCGUAGUUCCGCGUUUAUAUCAAAUUUGAAAAUACAAUCUAUCGAGCCGUCAAGGAUGACCAAAGGAUUAGGAUACGUCAUGGAGAACUCUGAAGAAACAAUGACUGUUGAACAGCAUCGCGAUUAAUCCGAAGGUCUUGGAUUACGACAAGCAUCUGAUCGCGGACUGAAAAGUGCGUAGAUUGUUAAGAAAGUGCAAACAAUCAGCGAAACCAAGAAUUGAAGGACCAGCCGUAGAAUCGUUCGUCGAGCUGAUUUUGAAAUCUACUCUAAGCGUUCAAUAUCGAUUCGAUUUCCGAUCGUUUCACGUCGACGAGGACAUCGUUUUCAUCGUAAAAGUUCCUUCGCGUGUGCGCGAGUGCUCCCCUCAGAAGUCAUCACAUCCUUAGCGGGGCCCCGCGGAUGUUCGCGCAUCGAGUUGGUCCCUGGUUCGCUGGAUCGUCGACGUGAUCACAGCGUCCCGUCGAUCCGUGGAGAGAAUGAUACUGGUGUACGGGAUCAUCCUGCCCCUCGUGGCAAGCGUCGUGCACGCCCAAGGACUAAAGUGCGGCCAUCCGGCUGUGCCGAUGAACGCCAAAGUAUCGUUAUCUGAGGAAUCCUUAACGGUCGGCACCGUUGCAAAGUACACCUGUGAUACUGGAUAUGAGUUGUUUGGAACCGGCAGUUUGACAUGCAACGCCCGAGGAAAAUGGCAGGGCGAUCUACCGUUUUGCGGUACGAAUGUGGGUUUUCGCAAACCAGCAAAUCAAUCGACGACCGUGAGGGGUGGAAAUGCAAAUCACGGUAAUGACGGUGACUUUAGCACAGAACACGAUGGGAAAAGAUGCACGGAAACUCAAAGCGAGCCCAGUCCCUGGUGGAGAGUCGACCUUCUCAAACCGUAUUCCGUCAAGGUUGUUCGGGUGACGACGCGAGGCUGUUGUGGUCAUCAACCUCUUCAGGAUAUUGAGAUAAGAGUAGGUAACAGCAGCGGUGAAUUGCAACGCAAUCCUCUGUGCGCCUGGUUUCCCGGUACUAUUGAGGAGGGUAUCACGAAGACCUUCAUCUGUGCUAGAGCUCUAGUGGGCCAAUACGUCUUUCUGCAACUUGUUGGUGUCGAAGGUAGUUUGAGUCUCUGCGAGGUGGAAGUUUUCGCCACGGAUGAAUUCUCGAUAGAUAGGUGUGCACAUGCUGGCACGCCUGCUGAUGCCGACUUGGCCGCUUUCAAUUCGACGUGUUACGAAUUUAUAAUAGUGAAGAAGGGCGGUUCUUUCCAAGAGGCGAGAAACUACUGCAAGAAUCGCGGAGGUGAUCUCGUUCACGGUUUCCAGGGCGCAUCGUCUAUAUUUAUCCUCAACAACCUAGAAAGGCGAAAGGAUAAACUCAGGACCCAACUGGUCUGGAUCGGAGCCCAGAAGGAACCGCAGAUCACAGCUCGAACGUGGCGAUGGGUAGACGGCGAGAUUGUGCAAAAACCAUCCUGGGGCAAAGAGCAGCCAAAUAAUUACAACGGCGAACAAAACUGUGUCGUGCUGGACGGAGGUCGCGGUUGGCUUUGGAAUGACGUCGGUUGCAACCUCGAUUACCUUCACUGGAUCUGCCAGAGCAGACCACCGAUUUGUGGCAGCCCUGAAAAAUCAGAAAAUACUACGAUCGUGGGAUCUAAGAGAACAAUAGGAUCCACGAUAGAUUACGUUUGCCCGGACGGUUAUAUGUUGAUUGGAUCGAAGUCUAGAAUGUGCGGAUCAAGCGGUUUUUGGAGCGGUGACGUGCCCACGUGCAAAUUUGUCGACUGCGGUGUCCUACCAGAUUUGGAGAAUGGUAUUGUUACAUUACUCGAGAACAGAACCACACACGGCGCUCUCGCGGAUUAUAAGUGUAAAGAAAAUUAUACGCUAGUGGGUGACACGAGACGAAGAUGCGGAGAUGGUGGUAUCUGGAGCGGACACCAACCUCAAUGUCUGUUUGACUGGUGUCCCGAACCACCGGAAGUAAAUGGUGGCAUCGUGACAACUACCGGAAGAAGAGUGAGCUCCACCGCCACUUACUCCUGCCAAAAUGGAUUCAUUUUGUUUGGUGAUAAUGUUCUCACGUGCAAUAUCGGAGGCGAAUGGUCCGGUAAAGCACCGCAAUGCCGAUUCGUUGAUUGUGGGGCUCCGGCUCAGAUCGAAUUCGGAACGGUUGUUCUAACUAACGGUACGACCACGGUAGGCAGUUUAGCCGUCUACACGUGUCAAGAAGAUUACUGGUUGGUGGGCGAAGGAAAGCAAGAGUGCACCAAAGAGGGCAAGUGGAGCCACGACACGCCAUCGUGCGAAUUAAUUACAUGUGAGGAGCCGGAAGUGCCCACAGGAGGUUUCGUAGUGGGAUAUGAUUUCAAUGUUCACAGUGUUAUCGACUAUAACUGCGACGUGGGUUAUUUGCUUCACGGCGAGGUCAAGCAUUUGUGCGGCAAAGACGGAGAAUGGACAGGGGAGGUGCCGAGUUGCGAGUAUAUCGAUUGCGGCAAGGUUCUUCCGGUUUUAAAUGGCGCUGUGGAUUACGCGAACGGAACGACUCAUCUCGGCAGCGAAAUCACAUACAGCUGCACGAGGAAUUACAAAUUGAAUGGAGUUUCGAGAAGGUAUUGUCUGGACAACGGUCAAUGGAGUGAUGCUACUCCAAAAUGCGAAGAGAUUCGUUGUACGGAACCUGUACUAGCAGAACACGGAAUUCUUUCGGUGACUGGAAACGAUCGAAUGUAUGGAAGGACACUUAUUCGCACAGGAACUGCGGAGAAUUCGAACACGGGCGCGACUUCGUAUAAGAUUGGGGCCUUGGCAAAAUAUAGGUGCGAGAGAGGAUAUAAGGUGGUCGGAGAACCUCUGUCCACUUGCGAGGAGAACGGAAAGUGGAGCGGCGAAGUACCGCAAUGCGUCUAUGUUGACUGUGGUAAACCCGAACAUAUUCAACACGGACGUUAUACAUUGACAUCGAAUGCAACAUACUAUGGAGCAGCUGCACUUUACGAAUGCGACGGUAAUUUCGAGUUAGAUGGCUUUGCCAGAAGACUGUGCCUUGAAAAUGGUACCUGGAGCAGCGAUACUCCUGUCUGUCGAGAAAUUCGAUGCCGAGAUCCCGAGAAAACCGGUGUAUUAUCAACGCAAGUAUCGACUCACAGUGUGGGUGGAGUGGCGCAUUAUAGCUGCCCACGUGGAUUUUAUAUGGAAGGAAAUGAAACCAGGAUUUGUUUACAAAAUGGAUCGUGGAGCGGUACAACACCUGCUUGUUUCUCGGUUGAUUGCAAGCAUCCGGGACCGAUAGAGAACGGUCGAGUGAUAAUAGUGAAUGGCUCGACGACUUAUGGAGGAGCCGCGGAAUAUCACUGUUUACCACAGUAUGAAAGAGUUGGUAUAUUUCUGAGGAAGUGUUUGGAUACAGGAUUUUGGAGCGGGGAUGAACCUAAAUGCGAAUUAGCUGGGAACGAAGUGGCAGAACCUCAAGGUGUUGGAACGAGUGUCGGUAUCGGAGCUGGCGUGAUUAUAUUUAUAUUAAUUAUCCUCGGACUAGUCUAUCUUAGGCUACGAAAAGCUACGCCGGUGAAAAAUACCGAGAACGUUCAGGCAGCGGAAAGGAAGGAGGAUCAAAAUGCCGCUGUUAUGUCUUACGCGACAUUAAACGACGGUACACCCAACACCAUGUAUGAAAACAUUCCCGAAGAUGGUCUUUACGAUAAUCCGUACAGUUUAAGUGGUUUAAGCACGUAUAGAUAUAAUGGUCAGCCAAGAAAAACGUACGGCAGAUCCGGACAUUACGAGGCCGAACCGGUUCCUAAUAGAAACGGAAUAACAAUCAAUGGUGUGUCUGUGCGAUAGUUUAAAAUUUCAUCGGCCUCUUCGUUUUCAUCGAGAAUCGCGCGCGAUUGUUGGCGAUCUGGAGAGAUCUCUCUCGCGCGAUUCUCGUCGUUCACGAGACGAUACUUUAUGUACAGAAAACACCGAAGAACUUGUUGUCGUUAUUUAUAUAUUACCGCCCGUCUCGAGAGUGCGACAAUUCAUGUAAAUAAUUUUCGCGAGAGAAUGUAUAAAAGAACGAGCGUGAAAAGUUUGAAAAGGAUUGUACGUCGAUGACGCUCGUUCUUUCGAGGAGAUUUUUUUUCUCCGAGGAUCAAUUAUGUGUGUUCGCGAUUCUGUAUAUAUGGUGUAUUGAUUCAUUUAGAUUCAUUAUUAUGCGUAGGUUUUAAGUGUCACGUUGUAGCUAAGUUUCUGAUCGUGCGUAAAUAAAGAAACCCGUGCUCUUGUUGUA